CCAACAAGGAAGCAAGAGCAAUCAAGUAGAGGUAGAGCAUCAGACAUUGUCUUCGGAGACCGCAGCAGCCCGUGAUAUUGUGUCCCUGAAGUGUCUUCGACGUUGUCUUCACUGAAAAAUCCAGGAGACGAUCAGAACAAUCUCCAUAUGGUGUUUCGGGGAGCGGGUCCCGUCGUGCUGGAGCAUUGACAGGCGAACUCGAGACAUCUUGCAACUUCCCGUUUAUUCACUGUCCCGUGUCCUCACACGCUGACAACGCUGCUUGCCGGAAAUUGACGUGGGUGGCCCAUAAGAAAAAUGACAGAGUGAUUAGAUUGGUCGCCCUGGUCCGUCUCUGCGAGAGGCCCAAAGCUGUUGACAAACCACCUGAGUCCUGCAUCGACGACCACAAACAGACAUGGAAAACUGCAUUUGAGUUCCAAUAUGCAUCGAUAGUAGUUUGUUGGGUUAGGUCCUCCUCCGUCAAGGCAACAACUUGGGGUCAUCGGUCAUAAACAAAGCGGGAUAUAUCAGGUAGAGGUAAGAAAGCACACCCAACUCACCUCUGACGGAACCAGACAGACAACUUUUCUUCAUUUCUUCACAUUGAUCCGCAAGCCUUCCUCCCUCAAUUCGUUCAAGAAGCACACACAAUGGCGACGAAUAACCAGCAAAGACUUUACGACAUCGUCCCAAUUCCCAACAAGGGUACCGGCGUCAUCGCAACCCAAGACAUCGCCAAAGGCACGCGCAUCAUGGCUGAAAAGCCACUCUUCAUUGUGCCGACCAACGUUAUGGAAAGAGGCAUGCAAGUCGUCGAGAAGCACCUUACCGAGCAACUCAAGACACUCGACAAAGAUCAGCAACGUGCCUUCCUCAGUUUGCACAACUGCCACGGGACCACGUUCAGCCCUUUCCUCGCCAUCUGCAAGACGAACAUGCUCGGCCUUGGCUCGCCGCCCAUCGGUGGUGGCCUGUUCAUUGAAGCAUCGCGUAUCAACCAUGCUUGCAACCCAAACACGCAGAAUAGCUGGAAUUCACGCAUCAACCGCGAGACCAUCCAUGCUGUCCGUGACAUCAAGAAAGGAGAGGAGAUCACCAUCUCUUACAUUGGACACUUCGCGCCGUAUGUCGAGCGUCAGUCCAUUCUCAAGAUCAAGUUCAACUUUGACUGCACAUGCGAGUUGUGCUCAUUGCCACCCGAUCUACGUAGGGCCAGCGAUGAGAGGCUUGCCACCAUCCAUAGACUAGAUCAGGCUAUUCUCAGCGCGGGAAGCAACGUCAAACUUGGACUUGGGAUGGUGCGCAGGAUGCUGUCGCUACUCGACGAUGAGGGUACGUACAAUAGCCAGGUGUAUCGCGCCUACUAUGAUGCCUUCCAGAUGAUGGCUGCGACUGAUGAUAAGGCGAGAGCGGGGGAGUUGAUUCGAAUGGCCUUGGAGCAUGCAAGGACUGUCGAGGGUAAUGAUUCGGAGACUGUAAAGAACUUUGAGCGCUUAGCUGCGAACCCGACGAGGCAUAUGGCUUGGGGAUUGUACGGAAGAAAGAAGACGCAAGAGACAGCGCCCGCGGAUAAAGAUUCGCGAGCAUUUAAGACGUGGUUGUGGAUGGAGUGAAUAGGGUAGUCUGAGUCUUGGAUAUUUCUCCUCUCUAGGUUUCUCAAUUAGCCUGUUUCUCUCCCUUCUUGCAUUACUACUAUGUUCCUGUAUAUAGAUAGAGGG